AUGCGCAUCUCUAAAUCGGCUUCGUCGCACACUAGGACGCCUAUUUACAUCUGCGCAUUUCAAGACUGCAACCGACUCUUUCCUUCUCGUGACCGCGUCAUGCUUCAUCGCAAACGCGACCACGACUCUGGGGAUGACCGCGACAUCCUCACCUGGAACGAGUAA